UCGCGGUGGAGCUGCUGUCGGUGUCGGUGCGGCUCGGUCGGUGAGCUGGUUCGGUGUGUGGAUGUUGCCGGAGAAUGUGGGAUUGUUGUCGAGGAUCGUUUAUUUAAAGCGCAUGGAGGUGUUUAUCAGAUCACUGGGUUUACUGGAGACUCACUGACACAUCCGAGUGUGUGUGUGUGUGUGUGUGUGUGUGUGUGUGUGUGUGUGUGUGUGUGUGUGUGUGUGUGUGUGUGUGUGUGUGUGUGUGUGUGUGUGUGUGUGUGUGUGUGUGUGUGUGUGUGUGUGUAGUCAUGACCUCGUAACCGGAUCCAGCUCUGAUUUUUAUCAGAUUUUAUCGGAUUAUUCUGAUUUCAAAGCUUUUAAAUGACACCGGGCGGCUCUCUUUGAUCUGGACCGAACAUUUAGUCAAUAAGCAUUUAGGAGACGCUUUUAUCCAGAGUGACUUACAGUACUGUGACAGUAUCCAGUCUGAGCAACUGAGGGUUAAGGGCCUCGCUCAAGGGCCCAACAGUGGCAACCUGGCAGUGGACUUCCAAUGGGGGCGGCGAGGAGUAAACCCAAAGACCCGGGACAGAGGUCCAUGAGUCUGGAUGGAACCAUCGGGAUCGGUUCCUCGAGCGGGAACCAUUUCGGUUCCGGCCCUCACACCCAGACUCCCAACCGCAGCCCCGCCGUGGGAACCAACAAGCGCAGCAACACCUACCACCCCAACAACGCCGAGCAUCUGCAGCUUUUCGGCGGGGCGGAGCACCCCGGGAGCUUCACCUCGCCAAUCCGGGGCAUGGCAGCUGGCGUCACCACCUUCGUGGCGUUGUACGAUUACGAGGCUCGGACGUCUGCAGAUCUGACGUUCAGGAAGGGCGAGCGGCUGCAGAUCCUCAACAACACGAGGAAGUACAACUACAGAGAAGGAGACUGGUGGUUGGCGAGAUCUUUGACCACGGGGAAGACCGGGUACAUCCCCAGUAAUUACGUCGCCCCCUCGGACUCCAUCCAGGCUGAAGAGUGGUUUUUCGGGAAGAUAACGCGGCGAGAUUCUGAGCGGCUCCUCCUGAACGUUCAGAUCAGAAGAGGAACGUUCCUGGUGAGAGAAAGUGAAACCACUAAAGGAGCGUACUGCCUGUCAGUGCUGGACUACGAUAACACCAAGGGACUGAACGUGAAGCACUACAAGAUCAGGAAGCUGGACAGCGGCGGGUUCUACAUCACGUCCCGUACCCAGUUCUCCAGCCUGCAGCAGCUGGUGCUCCACUACCGGGCUCAGGCGGACGGUCUGUGCCACGUCCUGACGGAUAUCUGCCCCGUCCUGAAGCCUCAGACGCAGGGACUGGCCCGCGACGCCUGGGAGAUCCCGCGAGAGUCUCUGCGCCUCGACCUCAAGCUGGGUCAGGGCUGUUUCGGAGAGGUCUGGAUGGGUACGUGGAACGGAACCACCAGGGUGGCUGUUAAGACGCUGAGAACGGGCACCAUGUCGCCCGAGGCCUUUUUGGAGGAGGCGCAGGUCAUGAAGAAACUCCGCCAUGAGAAGCUGGUCCAGCUGUACGCCGUGGUGUCUGAGGAGCCCAUCUACAUCGUCACUGAAUACAUGAGCCAAGGAAGCCUGCUGGACUUCCUGAAGGGAGACAAAGGGAAAUAUUUACGGCUCCCGCAGCUGGUGGACAUGGCGUCUCAGAUCGCUUCGGGCAUGGCGUACGUAGAGAGGAUGAAUUACGUCCACAGAGAUCUGAGAGCGGCGAACAUCCUGGUGGGAGAUAAUCUGGUGUGUAAGGUGGCCGAUUUCGGGCUGGCGAGACUCAUCGAGGAUAACGAGUACACCGCCAGACAAGGUGCCAAGUUUCCGAUAAAGUGGACGGCCCCCGAGGCGGCGCUGUACGGGCGCUUCACCAUCAAAUCCGACGUCUGGUCGUUCGGGAUCCUGCUGACCGAGCUGGCCACCAAGGGACGGGUUCCUUAUCCAGGGAUGGUGAACCGGGAGGUGCUGGACCAGGUGGAGCGUGGGUACCGGAUGCCGUGCCCCGCCGAAUGCCCGGCCUCCAUGCACGAGCUGAUGCUGAGCUGCUGGCGCAGGGAACCCGAGGAGCGGCCCACCUUCGAGUACCUGCAGAACUUCCUGGAGGAUUAUUUCACCGCCACCGAGCCGCAGUACCAGCCGGGAGAUAACCUCUAGAGCUGGCGGCGCCGGUGCGGAGGCUGGACUCCCGAGCCGCCGGUCACGGGUGAAAAUAAUGGUCCGGCAUGAGGGUGAGACUCUGAGGCGAGCGAAGCCUCUACGGAAAGGUACGAACGGCGGCGAAUGGAUGUUGCGUCCGUGUUUUCUCAGCCAGCGGCGCACUGCCACGGUGCCAACCGGUGCCAACGAGUCAGAAAACGGUGUUUUUUUUUUGUUGUUUUUUUUUUUUUUGUUGUUUGAUGAUCGUGGACGAGCAGGAGCAGGAAUGUUGGGAGUUUUUUCUUGGUGCUUCAAUCACAAUCCUGCUGUGCUUCAGAUUAGGUACGACGUCGGUCUUAUUUAGACUCGGUCUAUAAAUUUAUGACUGUAGGAUUCUCUAGGUUUAAUAUUAAAGCACGAAUAAAGUUGGGACGGCUGGAGAAAUGUAAAUAAAACCAAGGAAUUCAUUGCAAAUCCUGUAUUUGACCUGUAAUUAAUUAAAAAUACGACAAAGACAAAAUAUUUAAAGCCUCAACCAAUCAGCUUCAUUGUUUUUUGGUAAUAUUACGACUGCAGCACGUUCCGAAAGAGUUGGGACAGGGGAAGUACUUUUUCCGCCUGGGGGGCUGAGUAGGUGUGUAAGUGGAAUUGUUUCAGAUCCUGCUUGACAGUUUAGCAUUUCGGCUGUCACGUACUGUACUUCAUAAUGCUCUACACGCUCUCAACAGAGUCUGGACCGCAGGCAGGUCAGUCUAGCACCUGGACGUCUUUACUACAAAGCCAGGCUGUUGUGGCCGUGGCGUCUCCGUGCACGUCUUUUUAGGGACGUCCCUACUUACUUCGGAGAGACGAAACAAGGCCAAGCCACAAUAAUAAAGCCAAAAAUAAUGCUAAUAAUUCUAAUAAUAAUGGUGAUAAGGAGUUUGAAUUAAAGAUUGAUUGGCUGCACAAGUCAGGUGAUCAGAACAUGCUGAAAAUAAUGCUAAUACUGCUAAUAACAAUGUUAAUACCCCUAAUAAUAAUGCUAACAAUUCUAAUAAUAUGUUAAUGAGGAGUUUGAAUUGAUGAGAAAAUGCUAAUAAUAAUAAUAAUGCUAAAAACGGUAAUAACAAUGCUAAUAAUAUAAUACUGAUGAUAAUAACAAUAAUGCUAAUAUAAUAACAUGAUGUCUCUCGUUGUUAGCUCAGUAUCUGGGACGUUUUUAUUAUUAUUUGAUUAAUUGUAGAUUAAAUCUCGUUUCUUUGCUUUUAUCCACUUUCUCCCAAAUGAAAGAAUCGUGAUUUGUGUAUAAAAUAAUAAUAUCACGAUAUUAAAUCUGACAGAAUUGAACCGGAUCGGUCGGAUCUCGAUCUGAAAUCACGACGGUUUGUUUGGAUUUUGAUGAUGAUGAUGAAGAUCGUGAGAUUUUGUCCCUGUACGGUUUUAUUUCUGUAUUUCUGUGACAGAAUAAUUAAAAAUAAACCCGAGCAAUAAUCCACUGAUUUAGCUGGUUGAUCAGAACUGAUCUAAUAAAAUAAAAUCGUGGAUCUGAUGAGUAACGUUUAAUGUUUGAUGAACAGAAGAUUUAAAGACGCGUCCGUUUAUUUUUGGCACCUGAAACGUUCCGCUUUUUUGGUUUGCGGUAUUUUGUCCGGUCCGGUUUGCUGUGCGGUGGGUCCGGAGGGUGAAACGAAGCCUGUCGUGUUUGUGAUGAAGCCAUAAACUUCUGCAACUGCUGUUUCUGUACAAAAUCAAUUCAUUUCUUACUCAGAACUGAACAAAACAAUGAAAUGAUUUUAAUUUUGAUUGUUUUGGACUGUAAAUCUAUUUAGUUUUGGUUUGUUUGUUUUAUUGUGGUGAGGAGCACGGGGGGGGGGAUUUUUUUAAAUAAAGAUAAAAUAGUACCUGGUGGUUGGUUGGAUCUGAACUCUGUAGUUUUAGGACGGUGCAUGUGCCACUACGACGUUGUGCUAAUAAUUAUUGUACAGAUUUGAUGUAAAUAUAAUCGUGUCUGAAUCCGCGUACCAGAAUCAAUGUGAACAUUUGCAUUCAUGAUUGUUUUUAAAGAUCUUGCUGUUUUUAUUGCAUUUACAUCCAGAUUUCUGAGUCAUGGUGUGGUUUUAAAAGUAUGUUUAAUCGUUAUUGUAGUAAAUAAAAGCAAUUCCUACAGGCACAGUCCAAAACUCUGAGAAAAAUCCUUCCCAGAAGAGUCGAGACUGUGAUGGCUGCAAAGUUUGGAGGCAGCUCUAUAUCAAUGCUCAUGACAUAAUAUGUAUAAUAAGCUCACAAUCAGGCGUCCAAAUAGUUUUGGUCACAUGAUGGUGUUUCUUUUUUUACACUAUAUGGUCAGAAGUAUUUGGACACCCCCACAACAUUUGCUAACAGAUGUAAUAAAUCAAUCAUAUAAAGGAAAUUACAUGCUUCCAACUGUGCAGCACCAGUUUAGGGAAGGUCCUUUCCUGUUCCAGCAUGACUGCACCCCUGUAGCCUGCACAGAGCCCUGACCUCAGCAACACUCUACAGCUUUGGGAUGAACCGGAACACCGACUGAUCGAUCAGUGCCCAGCCAUACAGAUGCUGCCAUUUUUUUCACUGAUCCCAAAUCAGUAAAUGUUCAUGUUAAUACAAAUAUUUAAGGUCGUUCUCACCUCGUUUUCCUUCUUUUAUCUUUGAAGUGACACGAUGGUGAUUUUUUUCUGAUCUGUAGUCGAAUCGUUUAGUGUUUCAGUGUUUGAGUUCCAGCCGCCUGGUUCCUGUUCUGUACGCUGUUAUUUUCAGUGGAUGUGCAAUAAAAACAUUGAAUUGUUUUGUA